AUGCCUAAUACUGGACAGUUAUUUGGACAGAGCUGGAAGUGCGAAAAAUGCCGAAAGGACUUCAAGGCCGUCUGGUUGCCAACCAACGUUUGUUGUCGAAUCGCUUCAUGGGAUCAGCAGCCUGGUAUUCUCACACAAGCUCCUUACUCGCGGCAUGUUUCUGACGCCCUGAAAGAGGCAGCUUCGAAAUCGUUCGCCAGUUCAACCACCGAGUACUCGACAAAGUCCAGGAACGGACGACACACGCAAAAAAUACCUGGUAUUCCAGUUCAAAGUCUAGCCGAGCCCUGGAUGAGACAUGUAAACAGGUUAGCGCCUUUCAGUACCAGUGGCAAAAGCACGUGCGGAUAUUACUUUUCAAGAGAUACCGAUAACAACAAGCGAAAAACAGGGAUUCCUCCAUCAGAUCUGGUGGCAUGGCGAUCUAACAUCUCUUAA